AUGGCGGUGGCGGAGAGGUGGCGGGCGAGGGGAACGGCUGCGUAUGCCAUGUACAGGGCGGCGAGUCGCGUGGUGUCCCCCCUGGUGUAUCUCCUGGUGCGAUGGCGGAGGCUACGGGGACUUGAGCACCGCGUCAGGUGGCGGGAACGGCUUGGCGAGCCCUCCGCCCCCCGGCCAGCGCCGGGUACUCCCCUCCUCUGGUUCCACGCCGUCUCCCUCGGUAGGUAAUCCAUAUUCGUUCCUCGUCCAACGUUGGAGAUUCCUUUUGGAGACACCUAACUCUCUCUCUCCCCCCGGUUUCUUUAUCUCUCAGGUGAAGGCCUCGCGGCAAUUCCCGUCAUCAGGCAUUGCGUCCAGAAGCGCCCCGACAUCGCCGUUCUGAUGACCGUUUCAACGGUCUCUGCGUUGUAAGUGAUGUACUUCUUGGAUGGAUCGCGCUAUCAUUGUGAUUUUAAUUUGUAAGCUUACGCACUCGAGAAAUCGUUACGGGCCUUUUUUUUAAUAUUCAAUUUUAUUUUCCAUUACACGUGCUCCGUGGCGUAUCGAAUACACAGAAAGCUUCAAAACCGUAUCUUAUUGGAACGCCGGCUGAUUGCAACUAGCGAUGACUUAAGCUGACUCGGUUUAUAAUUCAGACCUCCCUUAAAAUAACCGGAAACCAGUAAGGUGUUUUUGGAAUUAAGAAGGAGAAUGUCUCUAGUAAAUAUGAUGCUUUUAGGCUUGCCGUUUUUAAUCCGCGUUGUAUUUAUCCGUGCUUAGGAUAUUCUGUCAACUAGAAUGUUUUCUCAAUUUGGAAAUCAUAUGGACUGAAAAUCAAUUCUACUUUUUUGUUUGAUUAAUAAUUGAAUCCAUUCUUUUUAUAAUGUCUUGGAGCUUGAGGAUCAAAAUGAUGAAUGAUGAUUAUAUGCUAUCCUUGAAAUCUGUUGAAGAUUGUGUCAUAAUCCCUUUGUUCAUUUUGCAGUGAAGUCAUCAAGGAACGGCUCCCAAGUAGCGUUAUAUAUCAGGUGUCAUUAUUCUCAGAUUGUUUAUUAUCGAUAUACAUUUCAGACUCAUGAUCAUAUAAUUGUUCAAUACUUGAUUCUGCCAUUGAUAGUUCAGAACUUUAAUUUUGUAUGAUCGUGGCGUGGUUGAACUUGAUGGCAUCUGUUCUAACCAGCGUUUAAUAGCUAGUUCUUGUUACUUCUACCAGCUGGUCUAUUUUCCAAUUAUCGUGCUGAGAGCGUGUUGAAAUUCUAGUCAGAAUCUCUAAUGCGCCAAAGUUCCAUUCUUCUUAUGCGGGGGAGGCUUAAUUCAUACUAUUGAAUGAAGAUCUUUCAUUGGAUCUAAAUGCAGUGAAAUAUAUGUGAAUAUCCAUCUAUAUCAACAUUGGGAACAACACAGGAGUUUAUACUUGAAGAUAUCAACCGGGAAGCAAUCCUUGUUUUGUGUAAUGAUGAUAAUGUAGAAGUAAAUGGAUUAUGGGUUUCUUUUUUCCAGGCUAAUCUCCAUUAUUGUCUUUCCUUAUCAUUAAAAAGGAGUUAAUUGGUGUUCAAGAACGAUAGUGAUGAAUCUUUGGAGAAUAUGACUGGGAUAAUUGUAUCUUUAUUUUGAUUUUAAACGUAAUUUGAGUACCAUUUCAUGGUAUAAUUAACCAGCUUCUAUUAAAGGUAUGAACACUGAAAAGUCGUAGAUAUUCAUUCUCAUUUUCAGUUUGCACCUCUUGAUACUUCUGCUGCUGUGGACAAGUUCCUUGGGUAUUGGAACCCAGAUGCAGUUUUCUUAAUAGAAAGUGAGCUCUGGCCCAAUCUCAUUUUUUCUUCGGCUGAAAAGGGGGUAAGUGGUCAUUUAAUACUUCUUCUCCUUCACAGUACCUUUCCCUUCGCAUUUGAGUCAACAUUGAUGCUCAUAAUAACGAGUGGGUAAAUUUUCGAGUUCUUGUUUUCCUCAGACUAUGACGAAACAACUAUUCUUUGCCAUUUUAUGUUGGGAGGUUCUUUCUCUUGUUAUUCUUUUAUUCACAUUUCUUGACUAGUAGAAGCCUGUUAACACUAUCACAAAGGGACUUGAGAAAAGUAUAAGGCACAGCAUCCUUUGAUGGAGGACAAAAUUACUGAUAUUUGAGGGACAUAUAUAUCAGGUGAACCUCAAAAAAUAAAGACAUGGUGAAAGAGAAAUGAAGAGGAUAGGCCGAAAAACUAUCAAAUCAACCGAUUGGCCUUCAAAAGGCCCCAUGCCCUUCCCAGUUGCAGCUAGAGGAAUAGUCAAAGAAAAAGAUGGUGAAGAAAAGGCAGACAACGGCCACAGUCAUAAGAUGAAGGCGAAGAAGAAAGCAGUGAUCAAUGGCAGAAGCAACAACAAAAGAGGAAGAAAUAAAAUGGAAGGAUAGGAGAAACCUUUCUACCUUGACCCCACCAAACCUGCCCAUUGCCACACACUGAAAGCUCAGUAAAAACAAUGGUGUAGAGUAUGAGAAACAAUUCUCGUUUCAUUUCCUUGCUGAAAUGAAACGAGAAUGCAGUUGAGGGUGGGCUGAGGCUCAGAGUUUUGUGGAAACACUCGAUUAAAACCUUUUAUUUGUUUAUUUUGAGUUAAUGGUCUUCAUAUAUAUAUAUACAUAUUUAUAUGCACCUAAGCUUUGUGAAUUAUUUGUCUUGUUGUUGCAUCUUUCUGGCUGAAUUGGCUUUUUACUCUUAAUUGACUACCCCAAUCCAAAUCGAUCUGUAACAUGACCCAACAAAUCUAAGCUUCAUUUCUUCAUAUAUAUACCUAUCUUGUAAUUUAUUGGCUUUUUACUUUGACAUUUUGUUGCACCAUCUACCCAUGGUUUUUUCCCUUCAGAGGGGCGUUGAAAAUGUCCAUCAAAGUCUGUCAGUAGUGAAUCUUUCAUUUGGAGUCUUGAGAUUUUUUUCUUGUGCUCAUUUCGGAUAUCAUAUUUUUUGUCUUCUCUUCAGAUUCCACUAGCAUUGUUAAAUGCUCGAAUGUCUGUCAAAUCUUUCAAGCUCUGGUCGAAGCCAUUGGCAUGGUCCUUAAUCUCCUUGAUGCUAUCAAAAUUUUCUCUCAUCGCUCCAUUGGUGCGUAACAGUUUUGUUACUUGGAAAAUUUUGAAUAGUUGAACCAUGAUUUAUUUACUACAUAUGUCAGAGUACAGUGGAGGCCAUUCGGUUUCAGCUACUACUAGCACCACCAUUCAUCAUCAACUUUGGUGGUGAUUUAAAAUAUGGUAUGUUUUAUAUUUGAUGUCUAAAAUUAUUCAUCAGGAAGAAUUAAAUACCUAGUAAUAAACUAGUUUAGUCUGUUGUACCACGAAGCUUUUUACAUUGAUUGUGAAGCUUUUUUGUGUAUUGCCAUAGCUUUUUUGCUAUCUUUGAAGAAGAAAUUUUUACCUACAUCAACUUUGUAUUUAUGCCUUUCUUUCUAUUUAUUUAGCUGUGGGAGAUUUUGAUGUGCCUCAGAAGGAGCUUACAAUAUUAGAAGAUCUGAAGCUACAGGUUGCCAGUAGGCGUGUUUGGAUGGCUUCAUCUAUACAUUAUGGUGAAGAAGAAGGUUGAGCGCUGAACUGUAAUUGUUUAUGAUCCCUUAUUCUGCUGCAUCAAUGAUCUGUUGUGUUGUGUGAAAUUUGUUUCAGUUUUUUUACUUUUUCCUGAAGUCCAGUGUUCUUCAGAUCAUAAUGGGUGGUUUUGAUGUGUUGUACUCAGAGGGCCUGUUUCUUCUCCUUAUUUGGAAAUGAUCUCAGUUACUACAGAUUCUGGUUUUUUGCAUUUGUAACACCUAUCUAGAUGUCGAAUAAGAAAUAGAUGCUUUUUCUUGUUCAUUAUUUAAUGUACAUCUCUUCGUAUCAGGUUCAUUAUCUGGUUGCAUUUUCAAUCAGUGAGUUCAUUUUGUAAUAUUUUGUGUGCAUUAUCAAUAAAUAACUGAUAUGCCUCUAUAUUUGACCGUGCAGUUGUUCUACAAGUUCAUAGAGAACUAGUGAAGAUAUACUCCAACUUGGUGACCAUUAUUGUGCCCAGACAUCCACUGCAUGGGCGACAGAUUGCUCGAGUAUGUAGUGUAAUGCCUCUCCGAAGUAUUGUUAUUUUAAUAUUCUAUCUUUGCCCAUGAAACACCUGGACUAAGUAUUACAUGCGAGGCUGCUGGAUGGUGUAAAUGCAAAUGUUAAGUAUUACUUGUUUUCAAUCUAGUGGAAAAUGCAAAUGUGUACAUCGUCACAUCAUGUAGCUCGGAAUUUUGGUUAUUUUUCGUUUACUAUUAUUUUUUCGAUGCCCUUUUGUUUAUAUGGUCAUUCAUUAGCCUUUUCCAUCAAUCCUGAUUUGAUGUUGAAUAAAAUGGCACACCCUUCUGAAGAUUCUUGGUGAACGCCCAUCCUUAUAAGUUAUCAUUGAUUUUAGGAGGCUUCAUCUCAGUUAUAUUUUUGCUAUAUUUUUACUGUAAUAUUUAUCUUGAAAGUUGCAUGCAACUAUCUCCAGCCCUAUCAAUGACUGUACCUUUUUUAUUUGCUCUUCCCUGUUGAUCCACAAUAUUUUCCCCAUCUUUUCGUUUUCAUGUUCUUUACCCAUCAGCGGAACUGGACAGGUCAAGUGUCUUCACAUGCCACUUACUUGGAACCAUAGCCUGUGUUCUUCUAAUUUGCUUCUGCAGGCGCUGAAGCAGCAAGAGAUAUCUGUUGCGUUGAGAUCUAACGUUGAAAGAAUAUCAUCUGGUACAGUCAUCUAUAUAGUCGACACAUUGGGUAAUGAUUCUAAUCAUGCAGCCUCAUUAAUGCUGCUAAAUCUGUUUUUUAUUUUUUAUUUUUUGGGUACCAAUCUGAUUUGGAACAAUUUCACCUGGAAACAUUCUCUCAGUGGUCUGGUUUCCUGUGUGUCAAAAUUUCACAGGGGAGCUGAGGACCUUAUACAGGAUUACUCCGAUAGCUGUCAUUGGGGGCUCAUUCCUACCCGAGUUGUCUGGCCACAAUCUCUCUGAGGCUGCUGCUGCGGGCUGCGCUGUUCUGACUGGUGAGCCCCAAGAUCAUGUUUAUAAUCCCAGUAUCGUUGCUCAUCAGCCGUUCUCGGAUUCCAGGGCCUUUCGUCGGGCACUUCUCUCAUAUGAUAAGGCAAAUGACGACAUUAGAGCGAUUGUCAGUCUGGCAGGUGAAAACAUAGAUGGUUUCUGGCAUCCUCCUCAAUCAUUAGAGAUUAUUUCGUAUGAUUAUGCCCGCAACAGGUCUCCGGGAGAGAGGAGCUCGAGGAAGCGCUGAAGCAGUUGCUCGGCGACGCCGGAGCCCUGGAAGCCCGAAGGAGGGCCGCGAAGCAGGCGUUCUCGGCCGUCUCAGGGGGCGUGGUCGGGCGGGUUUGGGAGCUCAUCACCGCCCACAUCCUGCGAGAGCCACCACAGAAGGCAUUAGAAUCCUUUUGUCUCAGCCCCGACGCUGCCGGUGAGGGACGCGGCGACGGCGCCGCCGGUCGCCGUGCCGUCUCUGAAGGUAGACCAACCGUUGUCGGUGGCGGGGAGUAA